GUAUAUAAAAAACUAAUAUGGCUGUUGGUUGCGCGUCAUAAAUACGUUCUGACGUUGUUUAUAUUUGCGCAAAAAUAUAUAAAUUGUGUUUAUUACAGUACCAAUCAGUAUAAUUCGUAAAUAUAAUGUGAUUUGUAUAUUCAGUUUACCAUUAAACUGUACUCAAUAAUGAAUUAAAAGUUACCUACGAAAACAAUGUCAAACAACACUGUCGGUUCGUCGGGACCUGCUCCCGGCAAAAUACGUGGACCUGGAAGACCACCGAAACGUACUUGUACUUGGUGUGCGGAGAGUAAAACUCCAUUGAAAUAUGUCUUACCUACUGAAAAUGGAAAGAAAGAAUUUUGUUCCGAAACGUGUCUCUCUGAAUUCAGACAAGCUUACAGCAAAGGCGCGUGUCUCAAUUGCGACAACGUUAUCCGUGGUAAUGCACCUUCAAGCAGCAAGAAUUUCUGUUCUACCUAUUGUUUCAGCAAAUAUCAAAAGAAAAAUGAAAAAAGAACGACAUCACCGCAGUCUGGCAAUGGCGCAAACGGAGUUGAAAAUCAUUCUAACAACAAUUCUACAGGUUCCUAUUAUGAUUUGUAUCAGUCCUUUGAUUGGAGUGAAUAUAUGAAGGAAACAAACAGUUUAGCUGCACCACAAGAAUGUUUCAAACAAGCAGCGAUGCCACCUGUGAAUGAUUUUAAAGUGGGAAUGAAACUGGAAGCUCUGGAUCCACGUAAUUUAACCUCAACAUGCAUUGCGACGGUCGUGGGUGUGUUAGGCCCGCGCCUAAGGCUUAGGUUAGAUGGUAGUGACAAUAAAAAUGAUUUCUGGCGUCUGGUAGAUGCCGGUGACAUUCACCCUAUAGGUCACUGUGAAAAAAACGAUGGAAUGUUGCAGCCACCCUUGGGAUUUCGCAUGAACGCUAGCAGUUGGCCCAUGUUCUUGCUGAAGACCCUUAAUGGUGCUGAGAUGGCACCUGCUAAAGUAUUUCAACCUGAACCGCCUACUCCCAAAUCAAAUUUGUUUGUUGUCGGUCAAAAGCUGGAGGCUGUUGACAAGAAAAAUCCACAGUUAAUUUGUUGUGCCACUGUUGGAGCUGUUAAAAAUGACCAAAUACAUGUUACAUUUGACGGCUGGCGGGGUGCUUUUGACUACUGGUGUAGAUAUGACUCUAGGGAUAUUUUUCCUGUGGGAUGGUGUGCUAGAGCUGGACAUCCUUUGCAACCACCUGGUCAAAAAAGUGCCACGGCACCAUCAAGAUUUAAAUUACGUCCCAGUGGGAUACCAAAUGCCGCUCUUCCGGAAGGAGGUUCAACUGGGUCCGGAAACUCGAAUAGUACUCCCACCACCACCCCUGUUGCUACAGUACAGCUACGUAUCCGCAGCAGUUGUUUUGGUGGUAAUAGUUCCUUACCUAGUAGCGUAACAGGAUCUGGACCUUCUGGAGCGGCCGAAAAUCUUGCCAGAGAAUUACUGAGUGUGCACCCGGAUCCACAGAGGCUUACCAGAGCAAUCCUGACUGCGUCUAGUAACUAUUCUGCAUUAACAAAUAUUCAGGUUAUGGCAGCAAACAAAUCCUAUUCAGUGAAAAUACCAUCAGAGUUAACUAAUGAUGAACUCAAGAAUUGGCUUAAAUCAUUGUGCACCUGUGUGGGUUGUUGUGUCGGUAUGAUAGAGAUAGAUUCUGGUGAGGCUGCAGGCCGGCCUUGCUCACUGUGUGGUGAAUCCACUUCCAACAAUGUCACUUCAGCUGUCAAGAGGCCCAAUAGUGUGGAGGAGAGCGAUACAGCAAGCGCGAACGGCGUAGUGUGCGGCGUGAGUGGGGCUACGGGUGCAGGCGGUGGCGCGGCGGGCGGCGGCGCGGGCGGCAAGGUGGCGCGCGUGUCGCCGGAGCGCGCGGAGCCGGCGUCGUCCACCACGCCCGCGGGCGCGCCGCUCGCGCCGCCGCCGCCCGCGCCGCACGCGCCGCCCGCCGACUGGUCGGUGGAGGACGUCAUCGGGUUCAUCGCCGCGGCCGACCACGCGCUCGCCGCGCACGCCGACCUCUUUCGCAAGCACGAAAUUGACGGAAAAGCCCUUCUGUUGUUGAACUCCGACAUGAUGAUGAAAUACAUGGGUUUGAAGCUAGGCCCUGCCCUGAAGAUAUGCAAUCUUGUAUCAAAAAUAAAAAAUCGCAGACAUUAUAGUACCUAGGUACGCCGAUUACGUUUAGCUAUGGAUUUGCUCUUAGAGUCUGAAACUACAAGUUUCUCAUUCUUUUGUUACUUUAAGUAUUUUAUUGCAUUUUAAAACAUAUUCAUUACUUUCUCAAAUGCAAGUCUAUUUAUUUCCGAAUCUCACAAAUAAAUUCUUUCUUUGUAUUAUAAGACAAUAGCAAAAUUGUUGUAUUAAUGCUUACGUUUUUUAUCACAAUUUGUAACCUAUUGCUUAUAUUAUUAUGACACAUUCUUUAAAGUUAUAAAUUUUACAUUGUAACAGUUUGAUUCUCAAACAAAUUUGUUUUCGAAUCACCGAAAAAUCAAUACGCAAUAAAAUUAAAAUAAUUGUAAAUUUUAAUAAAUUUCCUGUAAUAUUUUAGUAAUUAUAUUUUGUAAAUAUAAGUGUUUAAAUUCAUGAAAUUGCAUUUAAUGUAAUAUGUGCUCAUUUGGUAUCUUAGCCUGCAAGUAUUUCAAAAGUUAUUAAUCUAGCUUGCCGUACCAUAUAGGUAUUUCGAUAUAUAUUUGUAAAUGUACAUAAAUACUAUUAAAGGCUAGUCGCUCGUCAACUAUUAAAGAAAAUAAGUACAUUAUUAUUAUUGACUUCCAAAUUAAUCAUGUGUACAGAAAUUUUAUCGUAGAUUAGGGUCUUAGUGCCUUUCAAUUAGGAGUACUUAAAAUCCCAGUUAAUAUCUGCAAUAAAAAUAGAUUUAUCCGGAAAACACCAAUGACAGUAGCUGUGAUUACCGAGUUGUUGACUCCCUGCAUAAAGUCUGAGCAGUUAUAUAUUUUGAAGGGAGGUAAUAGCACUUCCAUCAUACAUUUAUAUUUAUUGUUACUGCUUAACGAUGGCGACCGAUGACAGAUUAUCUUAUAUUAUCAGUCAUUGGUCGUUGUCGUAUUGGUACUGCGCCAAAAUUCCCAUCGUUGGCUCGAAUGUGAGUUUUCAGUGGUGUUUAAGGUUAACUAUAGUAUUCUGAUAAAUUAUAUUUACGUAUCUAGUAUAAAGUCGUGCCUAGUCUGCGGGCAUCGCUGCAUGUUAUUCAUAUAUUUCUUGAUAAAAAAUUGACAUACAUGAUUUACGGUGCUCAUGCACAUAUCUUAGUCAGGAAUUUUAAGGAUUUUCGAGGCUUUUUAUUACCUUACUUCAAACUGGUUAAAAUAAAUGUUAGUUAUAAUAAGCCAUUCCUUUGCGUGCACCCUAUCGCUCACCUAUUUAUCAUUAUUAUUUUACUUAAGCUGCGUACUAAAUAUAAAUUCGUAUUACAGAAUUAUUUCAUAACUACGUGGUCCUCCGAGCUGGAUUCUUUAUUGGAAGAGAUGGGUGGAACAUGAAUGUUUAUAUAUUCCCCUUAUUCUCGUUUCUGAAUAGAGUCCACUUCGAUACUAGCUACUGUUCAAGCUCUCGAGUUAAUUUAUUUUUGCGAUGUAUCCUUCAUUUUGAUCGUUAACAUGGUAAACGUUAAAAACGGCUAUUAAGACUCACUAGGGGGCACACGUGGAGUGUUGUGGUUUUGUUAAAUGAAUAUAAUAGGUAAUGAAAUAUUAAAAGCAAGUAUUUGUUCCUGACGCCUAUACUGCUUGAGAGUGAUUGGUAAAAUUACAUUUUAUUUGUAAAGCUACGUUUUACGAUAUUUAAUUUGCCAUUUUCAAAUGUUAUGAAGUUAAAAGUUUCAUCAUGUGAUAUUUGAAUGUUAUCUGUUAUAGUGAUAAAUAAUUAAUAAUUAUUAUUAAUAUGUUGUUUUAAUAAUUACGUGAUGUAUAUUUUAAGUUCUCACAUGACAUAAAUAAAUAUAAGUUUGGUAGUUAUCGAAAGCCUAUUUUUGGUGUAAAUAUUUGUAAUUGGAUAAUUAUAUUUUUAGAUAAACAGACCCAGUAUAUUAGGUUUACUUGGCGGUUAUUGUGGACAUGUGUAGCUAUGAAAUGUUUUAUUAAACGUCUGCAAACACUAGAUUUUAUUGUUUGAGUAUUUAAAUUGCACUAAUUCGUGUGCAAGCUUUUACGUUGAUAGCGUAUUAUGUCAAUUUAUGAAUCGAACCGUUGGUAAUUUAUAAUUUUUAUUUUAUGUAGGAUUUGUUUCUGGUCAGAGUACAAGUGAAGCGUCUGAUACUCUGUAUAUAGUAUUUAGAAAACAAUUAUUUUCGCGGGGCAGUUUCGCGGUAUGAAAACUAUUUUAUUAUUAUUAUAGAAUUUUAAUAAUUGUAUGUAUAUACAUAGCUGAGUAAUUGAAACAGAUGUGUAUAAAUUAAAUUCAAUAAAAAUACAAAAAUA